GGUCAUGGAAAUUUGGUUUAGAGUCAUGGAAAAGUCAUGGAAAUCCAUUGGUCAAAAUGUGUAUGAACCCUGACUAGAUGUUCUUUAGUGCACUAGAUGUUCUUUAGUGCACUAGAUGGUCUUUAGUGCACUCGAUGGUCUUUAGUGCACUCGAUGGUCUUUAGUGCACUCGAUCUUCUUUAGUGCACAUUGAUGUAUUCAUGUUCACGUGUUUAGAUUCGAAGCUCGGGGCGGCUGAGGUGUGGACGUCCCGGCAGGCUCUGCAGGAUCUGUACCAGAAGAUGCUGGUGACCGACCUGGAGUACGCUCUGGACAAGAAGGUGGAGCAAGACCUGUGGAAUCACGCUUUUAAGAACCAGAUCACCACCCUGCAGAGCCAGGCCAAGAACCGGGCCAACCCCAACCGCAGCGAGGUCCAGGCCAACCUGUCGCUGUUCCUGGAGGCAGCGAGUGGUUUCUACACACAGUUACUACAGGAGUUGUGCACCGUGUUCAACGUGGACCUCCCGUGCCGCGUCAAGUCUUCUCAGCUCGGCAUAAUCAGCAAUAAGCAGAACGUCGGCGGCGCCAUCGUCACGCCGCAGCCCAGCUCGUGUUCCUACAUCUGCCAGCACUGCCUCGUCCACCUCGGAGACAUCGCUCGUUAUCGUAACCAGACCAGCCAGGCGGAGUCGUACUAUCGACACGCAGCUCAGCUGGUCCCGUCCAACGGUGAGUCUGAAGCUACGAGGCUAGCAGUUUCCCCCUGCUUCCAGUGUUUGUGCUAAGCUAGCUAAGUAAACAUUGCAAAAUAAUAAUACAUUUUAUUUGUAUAGCGCUUUCAAAAACACUUAACAUGGUAAAAAGAGAAACAAUAAAUGAUGCCCUCGGGUUAGAGCGGCCAUGUUUGUAGUUCCUCCCUGUGUGUGUUGAUGGCUCCAUGUUUGUAGUCCCUCCCUGUGUGUAUGUGUUGCAUUGAUGGCUCCAUGUUUAUAGUCCCUCCCUGUGUGUAUUUGUUGUGUUGAUG